AUGGCACACAAUUCAUACGGCCUCGCCGGGACUGAGGUCUCGUCGAAACCGCUUCGUUUUGAUGGACAGACAGUCGUUGUCACUGGCGCUGGUGGUGGCCUCGGCAAGGCAUACGCUCUGUUCUUUGCUUCUCGUGGUGCCAACGUUGUUGUAAACGACCUCGGUGGCUCUUUCAAGGGUGAGGGCAAGUCAUCNAAAGGUUAG